AAAAAAAAAAAGUAAAAAAGAAACUCAUGGCACACUCUCACGCUUAUAAGGAAAAAAAAAAGGACUCGAGAAACUCAAUGCUCCCUUAACCUUUUUAAGACCUUCACUGAUUCUCUCUCUCUCUCUCUUUCUGUGGAAAACAUAGCACCAAGAAGAUUACAAAAACAUCACCUGCUCUUCUUGUUUGCUAUCCAUCUGCUUAUAUCUCUAUUAAAAGAGAAGUUAAGGACUUGGAAGGUCAAGAGGAAAGAUGGGUAAUGGAUACAAUCACCACCAAAACCUGCACCUCCAUCACAAGGCCACAUUCUUGCCCAUGCUUUGUUCAAGACCAUCCAUCAAAGAUGUGGUUCUACCCAAAUUGGAGGAUCGAUCUAUGUCUUCCUCCGCUGACCCUUUAUCGCCGAAGAUCGGUUGCAUGGGCCAGGUCAAGAGACACAACAAUAAGAUAGUCGGCUUCCCUACUUCUAACAAGUUUAGCAUCACCACCAGAAACGACAGUACUCCUGUCGUCAAGUACUCUAAGCUAAGGAGGAUCUUCUCUGCCAAGAAUAGUUUCAUUGGCCUCACUAUGACGUCGACACCAAAUACUACAACUUCUUGUAGAAGAAGAGGAGAGAAGAUCUUUAAUGGUGCAAGAGGAGCCAAGAUUGAUAAUAGUAAAGAGAAUUCUGUUUCUAUUAACAUAGAAGAUAUGGAUCCUCCUUUGCCUGUGAUCAAGAAAGUGCAAAAACCAGCAGACGGAGCAGAAAUAGACACUCUGUGGAAGAGGAGAUCUGGUGGGCCUGCACUGAAAAAUUUGCAGCUGCAACAAAUUCAACUUAAUAGAAAUAAUCUUGCACCAACUACUGUUUGAUGAGCAAUUCCAAUGGGGAGGUGAGACAAUGCAUAGGAAAUGUAAAUGGGUUUUAUCUAUAAUUUUUAUUUUGUUAUUUGAUUGUUCAAAUUUUGUGUUGUACAAGCAAUCAAAGAACGGCGAUGUAAUAUCAAGAAUGUAUACGGAUAUCUCUCUAAAUGGUUAUUUAAUAGAUCUAGCCUAUUACUUAGUA